GAAGUGUUUUGCAGAAAUAAAAAGAACGUGACUUAAAGAAAAGGGCAUGAGAAUACAAGUUGUGUUGGAGCUCCGUGAAGUGUGCAGGGGUGAAUUGGCUGAAGAAUAUUCAAUGGCUGCAAUGCACUACAACGCACAAAUGGUCUCCGAGGAACUUCAUCAACAUUCGAGGCAUCUCUAUAGCAUUCAACAUAGACUCCAAGAUCCAGGCUCAUCACCCAGAUCAGAGGCACCCGAAUCACCUAAAAUUGAAACACGAAUAAGAUCAGAAGAUAUUCAUUAUACACGAUCACCAACAUUAGAAGAGAAAUCAAGAAUUUGUUUUGGUGAAAAUACAGAAACAAUUGCAAAACGUUUUGUGGAGAAUCCAAUUUUCAAAGAGGAACCACUAACGAUGAAAUUUAUGGAUGAUAUUUCAACGUCAACAAGAUUUCGUGAUCCUGGCUCAUCGCCGGGUUCAUCACCACCAAUGCAACAACACAAUAAUUCAGGAAAGACAUCAUUUUGCAUCGAUGCACUACUUGGUAGAGUGACUAGUAAAAAUGAUCUUGAUAUAAAGUCGAGAAUUUAUACAAGAACAGAAAUAAACAUCGAUGAGAAGGAAAGUAAUUCUAGUCAUCAAAAUUCUACUACUACACUUCAAGAGAAUGAAGAGAGAAGGAAUUCAUUGGGUAAUCCAUUGUUACCAUUUGUUCAACAACAUAUUGUAAGAACGGAUGAUGAAUUGAGAAAUAGAAGACUGAAUCGUGAUUCAGAUCAUCAUCAUAAUCAUCAUCAUCAUCAUCAUCGGCAAUUAUUGAGAAAUAAUGAUACAACAUCACGAAGUCAAUUUCGUACAAUUCCAGAAGUUGGUAACAAUGUUGGACGUUUUAGAAAUAGUAGUCGAAUUGAUGACGAUGAAACUUCAGUUGAUGUUGACGCUGAAGUUGAUCCAUCGAGAACUGGAAGUGCAAGUCCUGGUAGUAAUACAAGUCGUAGUCCAAAUUCUAGUCCACCCAUUUCACCAGGAUCAGAGGAUCCAACUGGAAAUGGAAUUUUAAAUCAUCAAAAUAAUAUCGCUGGCAAUCCUUAUGGUGCGGGAGUGGUGAGACAAAAUCAAGGACUGUUGAUUCAUCCUGGAGGUCCACUUAUUCAUCCUGGGGGAUUGUAUUAUCAUCCAGCUGGUGGUAGCGCGUUUCACUCGAUACACAAAGAGGGACAGCCCGUUGGUCAUCCUCAAUCCGGCGGUCCUCAUCCACAUCAUCUUCAUCCUCUUCAACUCGAGUGGUUAGCAAGAACCGGUAUGCUGUAUCCCAGAUUGCCUGCUGAUCUUGCUGGUUGUGCCGCUCAGCAUGCGCUUUUAGGAAAGACAAGAAGGCCCCGAACAGCCUUUACUUCACAACAAUUGUUAGAAUUAGAGAAACAAUUUCGACAAAAUAAAUAUCUUAGCAGACCAAAGAGGUUCGAAGUUGCCACCUCGUUAAUGUUAACUGAGACACAGGUAAAAAUCUGGUUUCAAAAUAGACGAAUGAAAUGGAAACGUAGCAAAAAAGCACAACAAGAACCAAGAUCAAGUGGAAAAUCAGAUGAUACGGGAAAUUCACGAAGUUCAGAUCGUGAGAUUGGAAAUGAUGUUUCAAUAAAUGUGUCCGCUGCUACAGAAGAUUCAAGAGAAACCUCCCAAGAGAAUUCGAGAAACAUCUCGGAACUUCAAGAACCACUUUAUCGUCCUUAUGUUGUGUAAAUUGUACGAGGAGUUAAAAUAACAAAAAAGAGACUCAAAAAAAAAGAGAAAAAAAAUUCGGUUGACAUGAACCAGUGUAGCAAAAUGUAUGAUAAUAAAUGUGUGCUCACUGCUCAAUAACAAAAAUUUUGAUGUAAAAAGUGUCAUAAAUAUUAUAAUAAUCCCGUUAAUUUUCACGUCUUUUUUUUACAAAUAUUUUGAAUUCAAUUUUUCGUAUUAUAUUAUAGAUUUGAAAUGUCAAGCGUACAAUUUUUUUACAGAACGAUAUAUAAAAAAUAAAAGAUUAAAUAGAUAGAAACAAAUUAAAUUCAUAUACCUCUAAUAAAUUAAAAUUACGAAAAAAAAAUUGUUAUUAAUUUUUUAAGAUCAAUUAUUAUUGAGUUUCUAUACGUUAAAUUAAAAGAUAACAAAUCUUCAUUUUUUUUAUUUUUUGACGAUAUAAUCAUCGUAAAUGUUAAAAAAAAAAUUAAUCAACUUUCCAUAUUGUCGUCGCAAAAUCCAAAGAUUGUAAAUAUAAAUAGGAAUAGUUUUAAAAUGUACAUAAAAAAAAUCUCGUUCAGUCUCAGAUCUACUAGUUAUAAUUAAAUAUAGUUUAAAAAAAAUUGUGAAGAGUGUGUUUUUAAAAGAAAAAGAAAAAUGAAAAAGGUAUGUGAAGAAUGAUCUGAGUUUGUUUAUUGAUGAAAUUCUACUGAAAAAAAAUAAAAUAUAGAUGAUCAAGCUGAAAAAACGUUCUUCCAUUAAUUACUAUUAAAAAAAAAAAUAAUUGCAUAAUACUUUACAAAUUUUUGUUAUUUUUUCUAUAGUUGAUUUUUGUUUUUAUAUUUUUGCCUAUUUAUUUUUCAUUAUAUUUCACUAAUAAAAUAUCACCGUUUUGAUU